UAGAUCAGUCCCCAGUUCUCAGCUAUCAGCAGCGAACAGCGAAGUUUUCGCGAUUAUUUUCCGAAAGAUUCACUCCAGCCAAACUGCCAGCAGCCGAAACAAAAGUACAUCGGAAUGGCAUCGUUGGUGAAUAGUGUCCGCGGUUUGGCCUGCCGAAAUACGCCGCUGCUGCGCUGCCUGGCGCUCCGUUCGGUUUCGUCGUCGGCAACCACGGUCCGGGUGGAAGCAAAGUGUAACCAGAAGGCUGUGACAGUCGCCGGAGCCUCGAACUCCUUUGCGGCGCUACUAUCCCCGUUUGAGCAAAACGGUCGAUGGCAACUGGCGAUAGUCCGACAGUACAGUGCCAAGGAACCGCUAACGCUUCAGCUGAUCAAAGAGCGGGUCCUGCUGGUGCUCAAGCUGUACGACAAAGUCAAUCCGGAGAAGCUGUCGCUGGAAUCGCACUUUAUCAACGAUUUGGGUCUGGACUCGCUAGACCAUGUGGAAGUGAUAAUGGCCAUGGAAGACGAGUUCGGCUUUGAAAUUCCCGAUGGAGAUGCGGAAAAGCUAUUCAGACCUGCCGACAUUGUUCAGUAUAUCGCUGACAAAGAGGACAUUUACGAGUAGAGACAGAGAGAGAGUGCGUGUGUAGGGUGUGUGUACCGGGGGCGCGCAGAAGGGUGUCCGAUUUGUAAAGUCUCUGCCCACCCGGGACGCUUGACCGCGAACGAUGUAGAUCCUAGUUUUUGUUUAAUUGAUGGAUGGAUGGGGAAGGUUGCAGGAACAGAUACCGGCCAGAGGAGCCAGAAGCAUCUGCGCUGAGUGGGAUUGUGAAACAAUCGCACGAAAGCGAAGUCCGUCGCCGUUUGCCAUUCUGUGUGCAAAAGAGCGGCAAAUUCGACUGCAUGCGAAACAACAACACACAAAGCACACCCUCGCCAGCAGGGUGCGUGUGCCGGCCCAACCACUCCGUGCCGUGAAAAGGUAACGAUUGGACCGUAAGAACCAUAAAAUAUAUACCUAAAAUAAAACCGUA